UUCAGCAGAUUGAGUGACCAGUGAGAUCAGAGAGAUGGGUUUUAGUCUUCCUUCAUCAACAGCCUUCUCAAUGGCCAUCUUCUUUGUAGUUUGUGCAUUUUUGUGCAUGUUUCCUGAGCCUGCAUUUGCAAAACAUGCUAGGUUUACUAGGCAUUACAAGUUCGAUAUCAAGUUACAAAAUGUGACAAGGCUUUGUCAAACCAAGAGCAUUGUAACUGUCAACGGGCAGUUUCCGGGGCCUCGGAUCAUCGCAAGGGAAGGUGACAGGCUUGUGAUCAAGGUGGUCAACCAUGUUCAGCACAAUCUCACCCUCCAUUGGCAUGGAGUCAGGCAAAUGAAGAGUGGAUGGGCAGAUGGACCUGCUUAUAUCACACAGUGCCCAAUUCAGAUAGGGCAGAGUUAUAUCUAUAACUUCACCAUUACUGGUCAAAGAGGCACAUUGUUUUGGCAUGCCCACAUCUCCUGGCUUAGGGCAACUGUAUAUGGACCUAUUGUCAUCCUCCCUAAAAGACACGUGCCUUAUCCUUUCCCCCAACCUUUCAAAGAAGUUCCCAUCAUUUUCGGAGAAUGGUGGAAAGCAGACACAGAAACAGUCAUCAGUCAAGCCUUACAAACAGGGUUGGGACCAAAUGUUUCUGAUGCCUAUACCAUCAAUGGUCUUCCAGGUCCUUUAUACAACUGCUCAGCAAAAGAUACAUACAAGCUCAAGGUGAAGCCGGGGAAGACAUAUCUGCUGCGGUUGAUUAAUGCUGCGCUCAACGACGAGCUCUUCUUCAGCAUUGCCAAUCACACCCUCACUGUGGUCGAAGCAGAUGCAGUUUAUGUGAAGCCUUUCAAAACCCAAACAGUUUUAAUCACACCAGGACAGACCACAAAUGUGCUUCUGAGGACCAAAUUUAAGUCCCCAAAUGCCAAAUUUGUCAUGGCAGCUCGGCCUUAUGUGUCCGGCCCAGCUGCUUUUGACAACUCCACAACCACAGGAUUACUGGAAUACGAAGUUGCUUCUUCCUCAACUAACAACAAGAACAAGAAAAAGCAGCUUUUCACACCAGUCCUUCCAAAGCUCAAUGACACAUUGUUUUCCAUGAAAUACAACAAGAAAAUUCUCAGCCUGGCCAAUCCCAAAUUCCCGGCGGCAAAUGUUCCGAAAACUGUUCAAAAGCACUUCUUCUUCACUGUAGGGCUUGGAGUUCUCCCAUGCUCAAAAAAUCAGACAUGCCAAGGACCAAAUAAUACUAGGUUAGCAGCAGCCAUUAACAACGUGACAUUUGUCCAACCCAAUACAGCUCUUCUGCAAGCUCAUUUCUUCAACCAAUCAAAAGGUGUGUACACCACAGAUUUCCCUGCAAACCCAGCAUUCAAGUUCAACUACACAGGCAGUCCACCCAGCAACAUUGCCGUGAGCAGUGGAACUAAGGUGGUGGUGCUGCCUUUCAACACUACUGUGGAGGUUGUUUUGCAGGACACUAGCAUUAUUGGGGCGGAGAGCCACCCACUUCACCUCCAUGGGUUUAAUUUCUUUGUUCUGGGUUUGGGUUCUGGGAACUUUGAUCCCAAAAAUGACCCUAAAAAGUACAACCUUGUAGACCCUGCUGAGAGGAACACUGUUGGUGUGCCUUCUGGUGGCUGGGUUGCCAUUCGAUUCCUCGCCGAUAAUCCAGGUGUUUGGUUCAUGCAUUGCCACCUAGAAGUGCACACCAGCUGGGGCUUGAAGAUGGCUUGGGUGGUCUUGGAUGGAAAGAGACGCAACCAAAAGCUUCCUCCUCCACCGUCCGAUCUUCCCAAGUGUUAGUUUCACGCUUUGCUCAUAGAUUUCUUGUGCUUCCAUUUCAUUCUUUUUGUCCAGUUGCUCCCCAGAAAAAGGGGAUUCGUGGAAAAGGGUUAUGGUUUAGUAGUAGUAUCCCUUCCUGUGAAAGAUUUGGGUUAGGUUUUUGACUUGUAAGGCCAUUCAAUUAUUGUAAUAUCGAAAUGUAAUAGAAUAUCUCCUUUUACUUUU